UUUCACAUUCACACGCAACUACUCAACAAGAUGGACAGCUGAUUAUUAUCAGACUGAUUUUGGCUCGUGCUUCAAUUAUCACAUCGGUUACCUUCAAAAUUAUAUAAUUAUAUUUUUGAUUUUCUUUCGAAUACCACACUUAUUACGCAUUGCAUCACGCGAAUAUAAAUCUGAUUACUGUACAAUCGACAACUUGAAAAACAAACUAUCGUAUUUACAGCCAUUUAAGACUUUAAUAAUGAAUAGCUGAUAAGUGAAUAGUAGUUUCAUGGAGGCUUCUACUUCUCAUCCUGCGCAGGGUGAUUACCCCACAGUGUACAGACCAGAAUAUUAUCAGGGAUUGCUCAAACACCACGACAAUGUCCUUAAAAAGGCUUCACAAGCGCUGGAAAAACAAGAAGAGCACGCAAGUACGAUCAAAAGAGCAGUUCACAAUCAAGAAGUGUUCAAUUAUCAGCUCAGAGAUGCCACGGCUGGACUGUUUGAAACUUACGAAGCUCUGAAGAAGAAGCAUACAGACUACCAAAAGUACAUUUCCUUGUUGGAGAGACAACAUCAACUAUUGACAAAGAAAGUCGGGGAAGCAGCUUCGAGACGCCUGGACCGAGAACGAAAGACUACACAGGAGAUCAUUGAAGCAUCCAAAAAACGAGAUGAAGUCGUUGAAGCCUUGAGCGAAUCGAGAGAAAGAUUUCUGAACAUGGAGAAAAAACUCAGUGAAUAUCGAGAACUACGGAAGGAACUGGAAAAAGAGAUAUCGGAUAAGAGCAGGAAAGCUGAGAAACUUCUGGAAAAAGACAAGGCCAUUGCAGAUCACAAUGUGAAAAUGAGACAGGUUUUAAAGUUGGAGAAGGAGGCUGUGCAACUGGUUGAGAUGUCGGAGCACCGAAGAUUGGACCAGCUCUCUCUUAUAGACCCUGUUUAUGCCGAGUAUCUCAAAAAGAGAUGGGCAAUCGACAGCGGCAGAACCCUCUACGAGUGGGAGCUGUCAAGGUUCACCAAUCUUGCGCCCCCUUUAGCCGACCCAUCUUUAUCGCACAAUGAAAGCAAACGCCAUGCAUAUGACCGCAUCAAAGUAAUGGAUACGGUAGAAUCUACCAGAACCUCACCAAAGCAAGACAGCAGGGGAUCGAAAACAGACAGUCCGUUACAAACUAGUUGAUUCAAAACACUUGCUGAAAGAGUAAAAAGAGUUGAGACUGGUUACUCUAAUGCAUAGUUUAGUAUAAUAGUAUAAUAAUAAAAAUAGCAAGUUUCAUAAUUGUCUCAAGUGC